GCGGGGAUUUUCCAGCCGUGGCUCUGACGCCGCCGCCACCGGGACCAUGGGCGACCGAGGGACGCGAAUCUCAGAGUUGGAAGGGACCUUGGCGAGCAUCCUGUCCAAGCCGUACUUGACCAAGAAUCCUCUACGAUGUCCCUGAGAAGUCACCCAAGCUUUGCUUGAAGACCUCUAAUGAGGGAAGAGCCCUCUGCCUCUGAGGGAAGCCUGUCCCACUCUGGGAGGCUCUAAUUGUUAGGAAGCUCUUCUUUCUCAUAACUUUUGCCCAUUGCUGCUUGUUCUGUCCUCUGGGUCCAAGCAGAACAAAUUUAAUCCUCCAUGGCAGCUUUUCAAGUUCUUGAAAACAGCUCUCCGGCUUCCUUAGUUUUCAAGAAGGCAAGUCCAAAUGGAAAGCUCACAGUCUACCUGGGAAAGAGAGACUUUGUGGACCACAUCGAUAUAGUCGAUCCUGUCGAUGGUGUGGUUCUGGUGGAUCCUGAGUACCUCAAGGAGAGGAGAGUGUAUGUGACUCUGACCUGUGCCUUCCGCUAUGGCCGGGAGGACCUGGAUGUGCUGGGCCUGACCUUCCGCAAGGACCUAUUUGUGGCCAACAUCCAGUCCUUCCCACCUGCCCCUGAAGACAGGCCCCUCACUCGGCUCCAAGAACGGCUCAUCAGGAAACUGGGAGAGCAUGCCUACCCCUUCACCUUUGAGAUCCCUCCAAACUUGCCCUGUUCAGUGACACUGCAGCCUGGGCCUGAGGACACAGGGAAGGCCUGUGGUGUGGACUAUGAAGUCAAGGCCUUCUGUGCAGAAAAUCUGGAGGAGAAAACUCACAAACGGAAUUCUGUGCGCCUGGUUAUCCGGAAGGUCCAGUAUGCCCCAGAGAGGCCUGGUCCCCAGCCCACAGCUGAGACGACUCGUCAGUUUCUGAUGUCCGACAAGCCCUUGCACUUGGAGGCUUCUCUGGACAAGGAGAUCUACUACCACGGAGAGCCCAUCAGUGUUAAUGUCCACGUCACCAACAACACCAACAAGACAGUGAAGAAGAUAAAAAUUUCAGUACGCCAAUAUGCUGACAUCUGCCUGUUCAAUACGGCACAGUACAAAUGUCCCGUGGCUGUGGAGGAGGCUGAUGACAUGGUGGCUCCAAGUUCAACGUUCUGCAAAGUCUACACUCUUACCCCAUUCCUGGCCAACAACCGUGAAAAGCGAGGCCUGGCCUUGGAUGGCAAGCUGAAGCAUGAAGACACCAACUUGGCUUCUAGCACCCUCAGGUUGAGGGAUGGCACCAAUAAAGAGAUCUUGGGAAUCAUCGUGUCCUACAAAGUCAAAGUCAAGCUGGUCGUUUCCCGAGGCGGCCUGUUGGGAGAUCUCGCAUCCAGUGAUGUGGCUGUAGAACUGCCCUUCACCUUGAUGCACCCGAAGCCCAGGGAGGAACCUGUACGUCGUGAAGUUCCAGAGAAUGAAGCGCCCAUAGAUACCAAUCUCAUAGAACUUGAUACAAACGAUGACGACAUUGUGUUUGAGGACUUUGCUCGACAGAGACUGAAAGGUAUGAAGGACGACCAGGAAGAGGAGGAAGUCCCAAGCUCGCCGCACUUAAACAACACAUAAGACUGGACUCUUCUUGCCCUUCUUCUUGGGUGGUUCCUGGUUAACUCUUGUGAAUUAAGCAGCUUGUUGUCUGUUCUUUUCCUUCUCCCUCUUCUUUUUCCAGCAUUUCUUUCCCCUUCUGUUUUUCUACUUCUACCAGGAGACUCCAGAGGACUUAUGUAGGUAUCAUCAGGGAUCUUCACCCCCUGGCUUUGACCCACUCAUCACCAUAUCACUGAGCCUCCCCAGUGGAUGCCUUGUUUCUGCCCUGGAGAACGAACGAAUGGCUUACUACUCUUCUUCCAACCUUAAUCCAUCCCAAGCCCUCUGUUUCUGUCUCACCUUCGAUCCCCUCCAGCCAGCCAGCCAGCCAGCCAGCCAGCCUUCAGUCUUCUCCGUGUGGCCAGUCUCUAGAAGCUUCCUAAUCUACGGUCUUUGGAUUGGAUUGUCUCUCUUCUGCAUACAUUGGGUGGAAUCCGUCCGAUGGAAUUGAGUGUAUGAAUGUGGAGUCUGGCGAGGGAGAAGGGAAAGGAUUGCCAGUUUAUGUGCGUUUGAGGGUCGAAGCAGGGGGAUGGUUCUAGGCACAGCUACUGAAGGUGUGGGAGGUGACAUAAUUCUAGCCAAUGGCAUGCUCAGAAUGGCCAAUGAGACAACCUGGCUGAACUGCCUUGGGACAGAGAGAAGGAGGUAGCAAGUGCGGAGCUACUCACUGGGGAGGGUGGGGAAGAGCCAGCAGCUGGGCUCUCCGUCCUUCCACCCCCCUUCCCAAUAUUUUGGUGUUUGGGACAGUGAUGGUAUUAUAACAUAACAGUUCAAUAAGACAAAGCAGUCAAAUUGAUGUUCUUACCAGCAGUUACCAAGUUGAAUGCAGGUUACAAGAAUUAGCACAAACAUUUUAAUACUGUCAGAACUUAGUCUCUUAAGUGAUAUGUAUCUUAUAUGUAUUAGAGACAGAGGAAGAGAGAGAGCUGGAUGUAUCAUUUUUAUAUUAGGAUGGACAUUGUCCAUGGUCCAGAAGAAAAAAGCCCUUAUAUUUGAAGUGAGGAGAGGAGGCAUGUCUUGCUUCUGAGUCCCUGGUAGCAAACGGAUCAGUGUCUCUGGGGAAGACUUCCUAGAGAGACUUUUCUUUCCUGAAUGAGAUGUUCAUCCACCCUACGACUGGCAGAGUUUUAAUCUUCCAUUUAGCAAUGCAAUGCAAUACAAUUAAAUUCAAUAAGCAUUAUUAAACGCCUA